AUGCAGCGUGAAACCGCAGAAUUCAGCGGGGAGCGAAUGCAGCGCGGCUCUUGCCACGGGACAUCACCAUGCUCGCUGGCGCAAGACGGAGACCGGGCGGUAGGAUGUCAGUCAGCCACGAUCUCUACCCCGUAUGCCAGGCAGGGCGUCCACAUGAUCACCGACCGUGCGCGCGCGGUAUCGUCUCUGGGACUCAUGGCGGCGCUGCUCGUGGCGCUCGUGGUGCUGGCCGUGUCGCUCGGGGCGGAGCAGGUGCCGCGCGGGUUGCAGGAACGGGCCGACCGCGGGGACCCGCAGGCGCAGACCGAGCUCGGCAGCCGCUACUACGCCGGCCGCGGCGUGCCGCAGGACGACGCGGCGGCGGUGCGCUGGACCUGGCUCGCGGCCGAGCAGGGUUACGCCCCGGCGCAAUACAACCUUGGCCUGCUCUACUUCAGAAGCCGCGGCGUGCUCGGAGACGACGCCGAGGCGGCGCGCUGGUAUCGGGCGGCGGCCGAACAGGGCUACGCACCCGGCCAGGGCGGUCUCGGCUACAUGUACGCCUAUGGCGCGGGCGUCGAGCGCGACCCGGUGCGCGCCUACAUGUGGCUCGAGUUGGCCCGGACCGGCGCGGACAGCGAUUUCGCCGCGAACUCUAUGCCCGCCAGCGCGACGAGCUCGAGUCGGAGAUGA